AUGGCUCACCGCCGCGGCGAGGGAAGCUUCCCACCGCCGCUAUUCGUCGCCGAGCUCGACACGUCGCCUGUCCAUGGCUCGGUCUCCUCGCCCGAUGGCGGGCUUGCCUUCGAGAUGACGGGAGAAGCGGCCCCGGUGCGGGUGACAAGCGACCAACGGAAACGCAGGCCGCCGAGGACGACCGAGCUAGGCGAGAAUGUGCAGGCGAACCCUUGGCCGUUUUACUUGGACCAAGAGUUCAAAGCUCCUGGCGGCAGUGCACCACCGGACGAGGACGAGGACGAGGAAGAGCUCCAACAGGCGGAUCCGUGGCCGUAUCAUGGCCCUGCCUCGGGGGACGACGCACCCAGCGCGACGAUAUACCCGCAGGCUCAGCAGCGACGCCUUGAGAAGGAGCCGUCUUCGAGUACCCCCGACGGCGGCUCUGCCAGAGCGUCUUUACAGGAAUCGCUGAAGCGCCCCGGGAGACAAGAGGCAGCGAAACCAGGUCAGGUGGCACCGCAUUCGUCUCCGUAUCCGUCUCCGUAUCCGUCACCUCUACGAGUCUCCCGUCCACCCGAUAUCAAGCCGCACUGCCCGCCGCUCCUGGGUGCGGCACCACAUCACUUUUAUAUGCCGUUUAGCCCCGACUCCCAACAACCGACAAGUCUCCCAACCCAGGGACCAACCGUUGUACCGGAUGCAGAGGACAAGACUGCCGGAAAGGCUCCCUGUAUCAGACCGCACUCACCACCACCACCACCACCACCACCACCACCACCACCACCAAAGCAUAUUUCCCCUACAUCGUCAACACAAGGCCCGGCGGCAUAUGAUGCAGCCCUGCCUCCGGCAACGAUGACUUCCCGACCGCAGUCACCUCCGCCUGCAGCCACGGUACACGCCCGAGCGCCACUCGCUCAGCCAUCGCCUGGCGUGCUUGGAAUGACACCCGUUACGCCAUCGGCGGGAAUACCACCUUCUCCAGCACCAUCGCACAAGACGCAGCAAAGUACGUAUGCGCCAUCACCCUCACCGUCGCCAUCAUCACGCAUCGGAUACACGCCCCUGUCCCCACCGCCGGCAUACACGUUCCCCGGAUCAGGAGGACGACCCGACUUCCAGCCAACAACAACAUGGCAAAGUCAACAACAUUCCCCAUACUCGCCAUCUCCGCCGUCUCCGCCGUCUCCCUCCCGGAAUCAGCCGAUGUACACGGCAAACACGGGUCAGCAAAACCCACCGCUGCCAGGGGGGAAGCCCUCCCCGCCGCCGUUACCGCCACGACGACCAAACGUCCCGUACAGCGGAUUUGGCGGCGGGCCCUUGAACGCGACCAGCUUGCCGCCGCCGCCGAGGACUCACUAUAGCCCGAUGCCGCCGCCGCAUCCGCCCCGCCCCCUCGGCGGCGGCACGUCCAGCACGUCCCUCUUCAGCGCAAGCUCUGCACGCAAGUGGCUCGGUAGGACGAGCCAGGCCCUCGAGAGCAAGCUCGACUCUGUCCUCCAGGGUCCCCAGGGCCCUGCGUACCGACCCGCGUACACGACGGGCCUGCCGCCGCAGGCGUAUCCCCAUGGACCGCAGACAGGAGUGAUGCCGUCGCCGGGGUAUGGGUGCGCUCCCGGGACAUGGGGACCGGCGUGGCACCCUCCUCAUCCUCCUCCUCCUCCUCCUCCCCCGGGGUGGAGGGGCCGGCCGUGA